UCGCUUUGGCGUGGGUGGAAGGACUCCCAAACUUGCCCGGGAUUCUGUGUUUAUUUGCUUCCUCUCUUUUUCUUUCAUUCAUUUAUUAUUUUGCUGAGCUUUCUGUAUUAUCUACCAUAUAUAAAGACCCAGUUGGACGAAGAAGAGGAAAGUUGCACUGAAGAAGAUUGUUUACUACCAAAUUCAAAACACGAAGUCUCGUUUUCAGAAGUUGUGAGUGGCACGUUCCUGAGGKUGCCUUAUAUAACUUACACAUUGUUGCUAAGAGAAAUUUUCUUUCACUAAAAUGUCCGCUCCAGGCUUAACAAGAAAGCAGUCUACUUUAUCUGCCCUCAUUGAGCAAGAAAGAUCUCUUUCUGGUGGAGAAAGCACGCUCAGAGACGGAAGCACACCAGAAACCGAAGGUCAUCAACCAGUAGCUCAAACAAGCAAUAUUCCAAGUUCUUCUGCCAUGAACGAAGCCGGCGGUGACACCGACAUUGAGGCAGGGGACACAGAUAUCGAAAAURACGAUACRGAUAGCGAAGAAACUUCUCCUGYACCGCUUCUGCCGACUCUUUCUAAGAAAAAAACUUUAAUCCUAACAGAAGACCAAGUCGAAAGCGUUUCUUCCUCACGACCAUUGAGAAUGUCGAGUAGACUAAUGUCCAUGAAGAGAAAAGGAAAGGUUGUGCUGCUCAGGGAGUUGACCCAAGAGUUUGAGUUCAAUGCAGGUGAUAUUCUGACUGUCAGAGGAGAAGAGGAUGAUUUUUACGUGUGCAGGGUUCUGGAGGAUGUCCCGGUGAUGGCAACUACAUUUCUUGUUGCUUGGUACAAUAGAGUUAGUCCCAACCUUUAUGAGGUAUCUUUUGAUGAUGUAUGUGAUAUGAAGUGCGUCAUCACACGUGUUUCCCUAACUGAAAAAGAUGGCAAGUUCUCUCUUCCUCAAAAAUGCAUCAAACAAACCAAAAGACUCUUGAGAGAAGCUCUUGCUGAAGAAAGAGGAGAAGAGAUUGAAGAAGAAGUGGAAGAUGAACAACAAGAAGAAGAAGAUGAUGAUGAYGAGCAACCACCAGCCAAGCGCACCCGCAGCUCAAGUGAUGCUACCACCCCAGCAACAAGAAGAGGAAGAAAGGGAAAGCAGACAAAAGCUAAAACCCCUACGCCAAAGAAAGGCAAAGCACAGAAGCGCAAAGCUCCUACUYCUAGGAAAGAAAAGAAAGAGAAACCCCAGAAAAAGAAACCAGGACGACGACCUGGUGUCCUCAUACCUAAUCCUGACAUUGAACUUGUUGAUGUGGACCCAACAUUUGAAACCAGGGAUAAUGUCGGCCUGAUGAUGUGUAAGCAGUCCAUACGUGCUGUUCAUCUGAAUGAUUUGGAUUUACUCAAGACAUUGAUUGAUAAUGUCAAAGAUGUGCAUUCAGUACAUUGGCCACAAAGUCCUGACGUUGGUAAAUAUGCCAUCCACUAUGCUCUGCUUAACAAUAACAAAGAAGCCUUCGAGGUUCUCCUUGAUGACAUUAUUACACCAAAAGAGAAAAGAUGUAAGAGACCCAACAUCAGCCUCACGGAAAUGGACACUGGAUCUUACAAUUUCCACACAUUUGGCCAUGCUGUACGACAGAUUUAUGCAAGCAGAGGGUCCAGAGAGGGCAACAAUGCCUUUCUAAAAGACACAGACAAAAACCCAUUCCACUCCUCAAGAUCUCUUCUACAUAAUUUACUGAACUUUUGCCUUAAAAAUGAAGAGGUCUCCUUGGAAAUGCUAGAAACCCUUAUUGAUAAAGCAGUGGCAGAAAAGAAAAUAAAGUCAAUAUCCCGUGUUAUUGAAAACAUUUGGUUGGCUGUUCGAAGUGGCAAUAGAAAGGUCGCUGGGCAUUUUGUUAAGAUGGCUUUGGAGAAGGAUGGUUUUGGGUUUAAUUUUCUUCACAAAGAAGUCUUGCUGAAUGAUACUCAGAAAUUAUCCAAAUUCCGCGCUCCUUCAGUCAAGAARAAGCCAUACAUGAACAAAUGUAUUCUUCCACUUCAUGCAGCAUGCAUCAAUCCCAAUGGCCAAUACUUAAAGGAUUUGCUGAGCCUUGUCCCAGAAUACAACAUCCCUGACAAAGAUGGCUACAAAAUGAUUCAUUACRCUUGUGCUUGCGAGGGACCUGGACCACUSAAAGUUUUACUAUCAAGGGGGGUAGAUCCAAAUGACCUUGCACCCAAAGGAGUAACCCCUCUWAUGAUUGCUGCCAAAUAUGGUCGUGAUAAGAAUGUUGAAGCCUUAUUAGCAAUAAGUGCAACACCUGAGAGUGAUGACGAGGUUGAGGAAAAUGAUGACACCCCUGCACCUAGAGUGUGUACUGAUGUGAAGAGUAAAUCUACUAAAGCUGCCAUUCAUUAUGCAGCAUUGAGAGGACAUGUCAGUACCAUUAAAGUUCUCGUGUCCCAUGGAUCGAACAUAAACCUUCAGACUGGCAGUAACAAAUGGAACCUCACUCCUUUGAUGAUUGGUGCAAUGAAGGGAAACUUGGAUCUUGUCAAGACUUGUGUMGAUCUUGGUGGUAGUCCAGAUGCUAGAGACCACAGCCCUUGCCUUGUCCAUGAUGAAAGACCACAUCAAGUGCACAGACUAUCUUCUGUCGCUUGAUGACUGUAACGUCAACUUCCCUGACGACAAUGGUCAGACAUUGCUAACGCAGACAACCAGAAAACUACUGACUAACAAAAUGAAGGAACGAGUGGUGUACUUGGUAAACGAGAAGGGAGCAGACGUCAAGACGGUUGAUACCGAUGGCUGGACACCGCUUCAUCAUCUUGCUGCCAAUUCUAUCUACGUCUCCGGUGGACCUAUUCCAGAAAGCGAGUGGCUUGGUUUGAAUAAGAAAGAGACGGACAAGAAUACAACAGCCUCACAAGAUGAAGACGAGCUCAUGGAUACUCAAGAGGAAUCAUCUCAGAAUGAUGAUGAUGGACGAACAAGGGCAAACACCCAUGAUGCUGGCAAUUAUGCAGUAUAACUAUCCACUUAUACGUAAACUAAUUUGUCUUGGUGCUAAGCCUAACGUUGGCAAGAACAAGCAGGGUCGACAGGUGAUACAUCUGCAGGCCCAUAAACAAAACACCUGUGAUUUAAGAGAAAUGUACCCUGAUGAAAAAGAGCCUGAACUGUCCGGUACUGUCAAAGAACAAAUCAAGCAGCGUAAAGACUUUCUAGCAAAGCUUGUUCAGAAGACCAAUACGGACAUKCUAAAGCUGUUUAUUGACUCUGGUGCUGAGAUCAGCGCCACAGAUAAUAAUGGACUCACACCACUGAUGGUCGCGUGCCAUGCAUCUCACCUAGAGAUGUUUGAAGUUCUACUCGAUAACAACGCCGACCCGUCGCUAGGUCUCGAAGACACUGGUCGUAAUCUUCUUCAUUUUUUAAACACUAUAGACCGCGCUUCUCGUGGCCGCCUGGCAUCCAAAAUGGCAAAGUUGAUGGACGGACCAGCCCGCAAGAAGUUAGCCAGUACAGUCGAUAAUAAUGGCUUCACUCCAUUGCUAUUUGCUUGUGAAAACUAUGCAAGCGACCACAACAAGACCGAAGAACGUGAAGAAAUUUGGAGAGAUUAUKUUAAGGUUUGUGUUUUGUUAAUGUGCAUCAAACGCACAGUUUUUGUAGUAGUUGGACUUGUUUUUUCGCAGGUGCUCAUUGAAGAAUUUGGAUGUGACGUCACAACACGUGUCGGUAAAUUCAAAAAGGGAGAGAAGGUUAGACGAGCUAAUGUAAAUAAUCUUGGAUUAUCAGGCAAUCAAAAGGAAAAUGACGAAUUUGUAUGCACAGGCAAGUUCUCGUGCCUUCACUUCAUCGUUAAUCCUCGGUCCCCAGCAACAGACCCACUAACGCUGCAACUCCUCCUGAAAUAUCUCCAUGGAAAUAGUGACUUAAUCAACUCACGUGAUCUGUUGGGCCGCACCCCUCUUCACUAUGCAGUUGUUUGUAGGAAUACCAGCUGUGUUGAAGAACUGGUAAAAUGUGGUGCCGAUGUCAAUCUUUUCACGGAAGAAAAAGACGAACCCGAGGAAAAUCAGCACUUCUCUACUGCCCUUAUUUUAGCUUGCAAACCAACACUGGAACUGGAAAUUGCAACAUGUUUGCUAAAGGGGAAGGCAAAUCCUAACCUUCUUGACAAGCAAGGACGCAGUGCAUUGUCCCAUGCUGUUACCAACAAGCCCGACAGCGACGAAUCAUCUCUCAAGCUCGCACGUGCUUUGCUYGAAGCGGGYKCCGAUGUAAACUCYGCUGACYAUAAAGAUCGCUCUGUUCUGCACUAUGCUGUGAAUGCUACUACAGGGGGAUUUGAGACAUUGUUAGACGUGGAAGAUCUUUUAUUGAAGAAUGGUGCUGACACUCAAAAGAAAGAUGACAUUGGAAGACUUCCAUUACACUAUGCUUUUGUAAAGAAGUUAAAGAUGGGCUGUGAUGCCGACGCUAAUAGUCUAUCAGACCCUGUGUCUAUUUCAAGUUUACUGGUAGACGCCAUGGAAGACCAGUCGCAAGAUAUCAAAACUGUGAUUAAUCAUGCUGACAUCAAUGGUCAGACACCGUUACACAGGGCAGCUAUCCGUGGAGCUACACUAUGCGUCAUGCAUCUUGUCAAGAAAGGCGCUGAGAUCAACGUUAAAGACAACAACGACAAUACGCCCUUUUCAUUGGCGAUCCGAGGAGGGCAUGAUAGUUGUGCCAUGUCACUGAUUCAGCAAGGCGCGAGUCCGAAGUGUAACGUAAUCACACCUGUCACACAAAGUCAGCUUGAUGAUUACGAAAAAAAGAAAGAAAAGGAAUUGUGGCUUUGGAAAGAGCUCACAAAACUCCAGGUUCCUACACCCAUCAUCAAGUCAGCGUUCUAUGAAGUGGUUAAGCAAAACUGGCAGGGCGUGGCUUACCUAAUGUUGGAUGUCGCUGGCCUUGACUUUAUAAUUGCAAUGAAGGCUGUUHUAGAUGCCGAGAAGUUGGACCUCGCAUGGACGUUAUUAAGAAAGCAAAAGAAGGAUUCGAGCAUCCGGGCCAUUGAUGAAAAUAAACGAAAUGUGUUGCAUUUACUGGCUUUGUACAUCGACAGCUUCAAUGAUGUCGUGGAGAAGAUUGCUGUCCAUGUUCUKCAAAGAGGAGUUUCGCCGUCGUCUGUGGAUAUCGAGGGUGGAAUACCCUUACAUUAUGCCGCGUGUAAUGGUAACAAAGGCCUUUGCGAACUUUUACUGCGAUACAACCCUUCAACYAUUAACGUCGCCGACCCAUCUGGUAUGACGCCGUUAGCUGGCUGCUUUGAUGCCGACGGCAAUUUAUCGUCGAGGCAUAAGUUGAUUGAGUCGCUGAUUACUUGCCAUAAACCCAAAACYCUGGACGUCUGUUACAAGGUUUGCGGAGACUCGGAGGAGAGUACAACACCUCUCAUUGAAGCCUGCYUGAGCCAAGAUGAAAAGCUGUUGACAUUGCUGCUAGAUAAYAAAKCAAGCGUCAAUUUCCCUAAGGCGAAUGGAAUAACACCGCUGAUGGAAGUAGUGCGGGCUAAUUUGGAGGACAUUGCCAAGGUUCUUCUUUAUGGGACUACAGAUCGUGCACAGUGGAAAAACAAUACAACAAAGGUGGAUUUGACUGCUGUUGACAACGAUGGGAAAACCGUCAUCCACCAUUGCGUGCAGAAUAGAAAGUAUGGCUCGUCAGAAAAUGUCAAUAUGCUGCUGCUCCUUGCAAAAUUUGGCGCACCUCUUGAAGUGCGUGACAGUAGUGGGCAAACACCGCUGGACUAUGCCAACAAACAGCAGUCGGGCAARAUGAAAGAGGCAUUGAUUGACCUCAUUGCAGAUAAGGACAGUACAGAGAAUGGCAAUGAAACCAUGGAAACAGAUGAAGAACUAGGCUUUGAGUUCACUACAACUCUWGCGGAUUUCUGGGAAGGKCCCGAACCUGAUAUCGAGGCUGAUUCUGAAGCCAUGUUGGCCGAGGCGAAGACUGAUGACGAGGAGCCGGACUGGGACCCAAGCAAACCGCCACCGGUGGACCGUCAUGCAAGUGUGGAGAAUGGGGAGGUGUAUAUUGACCCCGACACAGGGAUCCCGUAUGACAUACUGAUGACCAAGGUUGAUGUCAAGUAUGGAAUGUUUGGGCUGAACAACUUUUACAAAAUGCAGGUUGUUCAUCAUAAGGGAAAGGAUCUUUAUGUUUUGCUCAACCGCUGGGGUCGCAUCGGCGACUCGGGACAACAUCAGAGAACUCCGUUCGGGAGCCCCGAAGAGGCAACGAGCGAAUUCCGAAAGAUUUUCCGAAGUAAAACCGGAAACAAGUGGGAAGAYAAGGACAACUUUCAGAAGAUGCCYAAGAAGUACGCYUUAGUGUUACCUGAAAGAAACCCAGAAUUCAAGCGAAAAAAAGCUCGAGAARUCCUGAAGCCAUUCGACUUAGAAAAAUGUCCUCCAUCUAAACUACCAAAAGAAUUGCAGAAACUAAUGGAAGACAUUACUAAUGUCCAAUUCAUGAAGGAGGCGAUGAAUUAUUCACGYUGUCGURUCGAUCAAAACUAYUUGCCGUUCGGACGUUUGUCUACCGCGACAUUCAACGAGGCUCGAGAGAUUUUAAUGAAAAUCAAGAAUAUACUCUCAGGAAUCGACCGACAAAACAUGAAGGGAAGCGAGGACAAGUUCGAGCAGAUUGUGGACUUGAGUAACUCGUACUACAUGUUAAUACCUAUGGCUGGUUAUUCGUUUGAAAGAAUCCGCCCUCUAAACGAAGUAUCGGACGUCGAUGAAAAUCUAAARUUACUAACUCAGUUGACAGAGCUUGCAUUUGUGAGCAAAUUGCUUCUGGCAGCACAAUACCGCUCUAAAGACAUCAAUCCGCUAGACUACUGUUAUCGUGUGCUUGGUGUGAAAAUUGAGCUUAUGGACCCCACGUCAGACGAGUGUCAGCUUAUCCUAAAGUAUGCUUACAACAGCUCAGGAGGAGGAAUUCGAAGUAGUUGGGAUAUYGAUGCAGUAUAUCGUCUUUGCCGACCAAUCGAAAAAGAUCGAAUGAAGUCAUGUGGUGUCAGUACMAACCACCGUUUAUUGUGGCAUGGUACUAGGACUGCGCAUGCUCUUGGGAUACUGAARCAAGGCCUUUGCAUCGCGCCCCCUGAUGCUGUCACAACUGGAUGGCUAUUUGGGAAGGGUAUUUAUUUCUCGGACACUCUACGAAAAUCCGCGAUGUAUUCUGACUUGAACUACUGUCGACAAGAAAGAGCUUCAUUUAUUCUGCUAAGUCAGGUGGCACUAGGGGUUCCACACGAAUAUACCGAACGUCUCGGUGAUGAAAUAACAGGGCCACCGCCCAACCAUGACAGUAUWUGGCACAUGAGCGACCUAGGCCCAGACCCCACGCAUGACGUGACCACGCCCUAUGGAGCGGUGCUCUCCUCAGGACCUCUCGUGAAAAACCAGCCGUUGGUGGAGAAGUACAAAGACAAUAGGAGAAUGUACUUUACAGGGGAUAGUGAGUUCAUAGUUUACAACGAGSSACAGGUACAGCUUAGAUAUUUGGUUCAGUGUAGAAGAUCCUGAUGAUUGUCGUCGUUUAGUYGAGGUAUUUUCGCUUCUCUGUCGAGAUUCUGUCGUCAACUGGAAGUAUUUUCGCUUCUCUGUCGAGAUUCUGUCGUGCGUAUGCCGUUCGUGUCGAAGUUUGUCGUCUCUAUCGAGGAAUUGUCGUCUUUCCAUGAAGGGUUUGUCGUCUGUCUGUCAUUGUUUUCCCUCUUGUCUCUGUCAAAGCCUUGUGUGUCGUGAAAGUUAAGUAUUCUCUAUCAAUCGUUUGUCGUAUUGCUGUCGAGGGUUUGUCGUUUGUCGAAGUUUUUUUCGCCCCCCUUGGCCACAUUUUGUCGUGAUCUACUUUUGUUAGCGAUUUUUCUUUCUUCUUUUCGUCUUUAGCAGAAUCAUUUUUGUGCUUUAAUUAGCUUUUUAGUGUUCUUAUCACAAAUCAUUUGCGAGUCUUUAGGGCAAAAAAUGCAUGGUAAUUUAUAGGUGAAAAAAAAGUAAUAAGUGUAAUUAGAUUUGAAUUGACUGGUAGAUAAAUUUCUUUAAGAAUAUAAUAAUUGAUAAAUUUGAAGGGUAACUAAGUUAUACCAAUAAAGCACAAUUUUAGUUAUUUAAUUUUUUUACGUAGAAUUGGUUAAGAUACAAACUGUUGUAAAAGUUAAGUUGACCGGAAACCAAUUUAGCGUAGUUCAGGAGGAUUAAUAGCGUCAAGAUAAUUGUUAUAAUAUAGAGUAGCUUCCAUAAAUCCGUUAACCGAAGUCAGCAAUACAUAACUUUCUGAAGUCAUUGCAUUUCACGGGUUUAGGAAUAAUAUUAAACACGUUUUUUUGGGGUGUAAGAAAACAACGUAAAAUUUCUAUACUUCACAGUCGCAUACAAUGCAGUCUUUAUUUAGCAUGAUAGACAGCUGUCAUUCACAAUACUAAAAACCAUGGUCUCUUUGAGACAUGUAUAAAAGGUCCAAAUAAUAAAGGAACUUGUAAAACA